UAUUUAUCGAUAUUGUUUACGCAUGCGCGCUAAUUCGAAAGUAUACAUUUUAAACAGGUAGAUAAUAAGUUUCAAUUGUUUAAUGCGAUUAAUAGUUUUUGUGCAAAAUGAAGAAAAGAAAUGAAGAUGAAACAACAGAAAGACUGAUUUGCAAUGUCAAGAGAUGCGUUUUCAAAACCCAUAUCGUCUUAGUUAUUGGGGAGUUGAUUGUUCUGCUGGUUCUUGUUGUAAUAUGGCGAGUUCAAAGAGAUGAUCAGUUGGCACCUAGACAACAGCAAAUGUGUUACCCACAGGUCAAGUUAAUAGUAGACGACAAUACAGCUUGUCCGGUGGGACUCGUGUUUAAAUUUGAUGAAGCAAAGAAUGAAACAACCUGUUGUGGAAAACUGAAUGAAAUUUUAGAUUUGGUCUCGAAUAAGACUGCACGAGACAGAUAUAAUAGUGAAAUAAAUCCAGAAAUAAGAACAUAUGAUCCAAAGGCAUAUAACUGUAAAGCCACAGAGCAAAAUAUGGCUGUAUCCAGAUUUGGUCUAAGACAUGAACGGAAACCAGUUUCCACAGGUUUGGCCCACAAAUUAUUUUGGGAAAAUGAUCAUAAAUCAAUGGAAAUCUCUGGAUUAAGGUACUCGGAAGAAGAUGGUCAAGUCAUUGUAGAGGGUCUAGAAGAAAAAGAAAGUUACUAUAUUUCGUUGCAGCUAAAAUUAAAUAUGAGUAAAGCCACUGGUAUAUUGGAUGAAACAAUAAGGCACCGUGUGCAUUUGCUAUCUGAUGACACGUCGGCAGUUCUUCUUGAAGAUGUGACGUCACCUUGCAUAAUGACGUCACAUACUGCAUCAGGGAAAACCAGCGUUGUUGGAGCUGUGUUUCGACUCAAAUAUGGUGAUCGGUUAUAUGUGACUACAACCAAUCCUGAAAACAUCGUGUCUGAUCCACACAACAAUUAUUUCAGCAUACAUAAGUUAUAAGUUGAAAUUAUGAUGAACAAGAUCAUAAAUCAAUUAUUUGUAGCGUAAACAUGUGCAGACUAUUGAUAAAGAUUUAAAUAAAAAUCUAGAUGUCGAUCUAAUUCUUUAUUGUUUAAGACAUUUUCAAUUUCAUACCUCAUCAUACAGUUAAAACUUGAAACAAAUGGCGUUUUGUUUCGUUCAAAUAUUUUUAACGUCUUUCAGCCAUUUUUGACAUUUAUAAUAAAUUAUUAGUUAUCAUCAUCCUCGAAAGUUAACAAACUUUCUGCCUCGUAAUUUUUUAUUAGAAAUUAAUGUAUGUAUGUAAUGUGGAGCAAGUUGCAAUUAAAUUAUAACCUUUUACACAUCAUGGUUUUCAAAAUGAUUCAAUAGAUAAAACAUAAAAUCUUAAAAGCA